AUGCAUAAUAAAAGAGAAACCGCACAAGUCCAGCCACUUCGAAAUCUCAAAAUUGCCAUCAACCACCAUCCCAUCGAUCUUAUUCUGCUCCCACUCAGUCCAGAAAUUAAAGUCAUCUUAUCUGCUCUUCUUUGUCAUCAAAGCUCCGCACCUUGA